AUGGUAGUGGUACCAAAAUCAAAUGGUGACGUCAGAAUUUGCCUUGAUCCGUCCAAGUUAAAUGAAAGCAUUCUACGAGAAGUGCACCCCCUACCUAUUGUCGAUUAUACAUUGGCAAAGUUAGCUGGAUCGACAGUGUUCUCGAAGCUUGAUUGUAACUCUGGUUUUUGGCAAAUCCCAUUAUCAGAAGAAUCUGCUCCCAUAACUACAUUCAUAACCCCAUGGGGGAGAUACAAUUUCAAUGUACUGCCUUUUGAAAUAACACCAGCGUCAGAACAUUUUCAAAAACAGUUGGAAAUGGUCUUGAAAGAUUGUGAAGGGGUGUGUAUCGAGAUUGAUGAUAUUCUUGUUCAUGGAAAGGAUACUAAGGAGCAUGAUGAAAGAUUGAAGAAAGUUCUUCAAAAGCUUGAAGAAGCGAAUGUUACAUUGAAUGGCGACAAGUGUGAAUUCUCAAAACCUGAAGUUCACUGUCUGGGUCAUGUGAUAAACGCUACAGGAAUCAGUGCAGAUCCAGAAAAAGUUUGUGCCAUCACAGAGAUGUCAUCGCCAAACAGCAUACAAGAGGCGAGGCGGUUCUUAGGAAUGUGCAACCAACUCAGUAAGUUCUCAUUGGGAUUAGCUUAUAAGACUAAACCUAUCCAAGAUUUAUUGAGUGAUAAAACUCACUGGAACUGGGGCAUCCAGCAAGAAGAGGCUUUCAAAGAGAUAAAGAAAAUCCUCAGCAAUACUCCUGUAUUGGCCUUAUACGAUCCAAAAGUGGAGACAAAAAUUUGCACAGAUGCAUCUUCAUAUCGUUUGGGUGCAAUUUUAAUGCAAAAACAAAGUAAUCAUGAAUGGCAACCAGUCACAUAUGCUUCAAGAGCAUUGUCACCAACAGAACAAAGAUAUGCACAAAUUGAAAAAGCACUGGGAAUUAUGUGGGGAUGUGAGAAGUUUUCUGAGUACAUCUCUGGCAUGAAGUUUCAUAUAGAAACAGAUCACAAGCCAUUGGUUCCGAUAUUUAUGCAAAAAAGUCUUAACAAUAUGUCUCCAAGGAUACAACAAUUCUGA